AUGGUUCAACAGCUCUCUCUAACGUCUUCGGUACCUGAGAACCAGUUUCGAACCGUUCGAAUAACCCUUCGUGCUCUCACGGGUCUUCGACCAGAGCCAUUGGCCAGACAUACGAUUAUUCUAAAGCCAAAAUUUCCUUUCACUCCUGAACAGAGCGCUGGUAAAGUAAGCCAGGUCGACUCAUAUAGGAUCCGAAUGGUCCGUGUGUGGGAAAUGGAGUCCACCAGCGAUCAUAUGGAUGUGUCAGAUGAUCAGUUUUUAUUGGGAGAGUCUAUCAGUGAUCGUUCCAGUGAAUCUACUCGUAAUGAAAGUAUAUGGACAAUGCAAUUGAGUGAUAUACCAGCUGGUGGCAACCGGCCAGUGUCAAUUCAGAAUAUCUACGAGGCCACAGUGUAUAAAACAGACGAUAUCAUUGGAUAUAUGGAUGAGUUUGGAUACAUGCCAGAGAUAGAGUUCUGGACCAAAGGCUACAGGUAUUACUACAAUGAUAUCAUAAUAGAAGUUUUUCGGCUGUAUGUUCGUUCAAAGGACGGGUCAAGUGAUCGGAAGCCCGUUUCCGACGAUGAUACUACAGAGAAGAAAGAAGAAUUAGAUGAGUUGAAUAACAAUGACGAUGCAGAUGCGGGCAAGGACGAGAUGAUGGAUGUUGAUAAGCCACAGCAUCUCAUCAAGAUUGCAUUGCUGGAUAAAUCAUGUAGAUAUCAGGUGAAAUGCUUUGUGAACGUGUCCAAAUUGAACGAUUUGGAUAGUGUCGCAAAAGGAGUGAAGGAACUCGAAAUGCUAAAAAAAGAGUUGGGUGGAAUGAUAGAUUUGCAUGUUCCUGAUAGAACAUAUAUGGAUUCGAGGUUGAAUUCUAGAAUAGCAUCUAAGAGAUGA